GAGUGGGUUUUCUGCUCACCAUUUGGUCACCCAACACGAAGUGCGUUCUCCGAUCCUCACUCUGUCUGAGUUGCGUGAUGGGGCAGAGCGGAUCUUGCAGUGCGCCAUUGGCAAGUUAGUGGUGGUGUGCCGUGAGGAUGCAUGCAUGGGGUGCAUAACACGUUCAAGAAAGGCUGUUGGUGAGCUAGUAUUUGUUGAGCUGCUUCGCGCCCUCCUCUUCUGCUCAGCUCAGAGGCGCAGGGAGAGCCAUGGAGGACCUGUCGUCGGAGCUGGACCCGGCGCUGCUCAUGUCGACGUCGACGUCCUCCUCGUCGCCGCCGGACUCGUCCUCGCCGUCCCUCUCCUUCUACCACCCGUCCCCUCCCCACUACACCCUCGCCGUCAGAAACCUCUCCUGCCCCGCCCCUCGCCGCGCAUCCACGUGCACCGCCCUCCUACCGUUCUUGUCCUCUGCUUCACCGGCCCCCGCCGACGAUGCCAGCGUGGGCCUACUCAAAUCCGUGUCCUUCACGGCCUCCAGCUCCAACAUCCUUGCCGUCGUUGGACCCAGCGGCGCGGGCAAGUCGACGCUCCUCCGCAUCCUCUCCGGCCGCGGCACGGGCUCCGAGAUCGCCAAGCCGGGCACGGUGUCCAUCAACGGCCGCACCGUCACCUCCCGUGCGCAGCUGCGCCGGCUGUGCGGGUUCGUCACGCAGGACGACAACCUCCUCCCGCUGCUCACCGUCCGCGAGACCAUCCUCUUCGCCGCACGGUUCAGGCUCCGCGGCGCCGCGAACGCCGAGGAUCGCAGCGAGCGCGUGGAGGCGCUCAUGCGGGAUCUGCGCCUGUCCGAGGUGGCGGACAGCUACGUCGGCGGCGGCGACGGGUGCGGGGCGUCGGCGGCCCGCGGGGUGUCCGGCGGCGAGAGGAAGCGGGUCUCCAUCGCGGUGGACAUCGUGCACAACCCACCGGUGCUGCUGCUGGACGAGCCCACGUCGGGGCUGGACAGCCGGUCGGCCAUGGACGUCCUGCAGCUGCUGCACGACGUGUCCAGCGCGCGGCGGCAGGUGGUGGUGCUCAGCAUUCACCAGCCCAGCUACCGCAUGCUCGGUUACAUCUCCUCGCUGCUGCUUCUCUCCCGCGGCGCCGUCGCGCACUUCGGCACGCUCAAGUCGCUCGAGGACGCCGUGGCGCGCCUGGGCCACAAGAUCCCUAUGCAGCUCAACCCUCUCGAGCUCGCCAUGGAGGUCACCGGCGAGCUCAAGGAGGACCACGCCAGGUUUGCCGCGCACAAUGAUCAUCACGACGAGGAGGAGGAGGUAAGCCUUGUCAACGGCAGACGCGGCGGCCUCGACGUCCCAGAUCACGGUUACUGCAGCCGCUUCACGGAGGUGUCAGCGCUGACCGUGCGCUGCUGGCGCACCAUGUACCGCACGCGCGAGCUCUUCGCAGCCCGCGCGGCGCAGGCCGUGGUGGGUGGCCUCGGCCUGGGCAGCGUCUACUUCCGCCUCAGCCCGGACAACCCCGACGGCGUGGCGCUCCGACUGGGCCUCUUCGCCUUCACCCUCAGCUUCCUCCUCUCGUCCACCGUGGAGGCCCUGCCCAUCCUCCUCCACGAGCGCCGCGUGCUCAUGCGGGAGGCCUCCCGCCGCGCGUACCGCCUCUCCUCCUACGUGGUCGCCAACGCGCUCGUCUUCGCGCCGUGCCUCCUCGCCGUGUCCGUUCUCUUCUCGGUGCCCCUCUACUGGCUCGCCGGCCUCCGCGCGACGCCACUCGUCGCCUUCGCCUUCUUCGUUCUCGCCGUCUGGCUCAUCAUGCUCAUGGCCAGCUCCCUGGUGCUCUUCCUCAGCGCGUUGUCACCGGACUUCGUUCUUGGGAACGCCCUCAUCUGCGUGUUCCUGGGCGUGUUCUUCCUCUUCUCCGGCUACUUCAUCCCGAAGGCUAGCAUCCCGAGGUACUGGGCGUUCAUGUACUACGUGUCCAUGUACAGGUACCCGCUGGACUUGCUGCUCAUCAAUGAGUACGGGGGCAGCGCCAGGGACAAAUGCGUGGCAUGGAUGGGAGGAAACGCCAUGGGCGUGUGCUUGAGGACCGGCGGCGACGUGCUCAGGGACAGAGGGAUCAACGAGGGGAUGAAAUGGGUCAACGUCGGGGUCAUGCUGGGGUUCUUCCUGCUGUACAGGGUCAUGUGCUGGGUUGUGCUCGUCAGGAGGGCCUCCAAGACCACCCUCUGACAGCAAACAUGUCUUCUAUUUGGAGGGGACGAGAUGGUUCAUUAAAUUGGUUCAUGUGAUAUGUAUGACCUGUUGUAUUUUUUCAUUUCAUUUUGGGCUUUUUAGUGGUGUUAAUGUAGGAAUGUAACUAUAAUUUGCGCUCUAUGUGAAAUAUGUAUGUUUCUUCUGUAACAAACCUCUUUUCAUCGGUAAUGAUAUGUUCGAG